CACCGCAAGAAUUCGAGUUCCUGGUCAUUCCGCCAAAAUGCGCGCUCUAAGCAGGAUCUUGGUCGCGGUAUGCGCGAUUAUUACGUUUUCCUGUUGCGACGCUUCCUCCGUAGCACUCAGGGCCAAACGAGGUGUAGUUCCCGGUAAUGCGGCCUCCAGGCCCAAAGACGCCAUUCGACGGUCCGAGUGUCGUGUCGACAACAACUGCAAGGCAUGGCCAAAGACGUCAUGUGGCAAGGAUCCGGUAGACGGUCAACGUCGGUGUCUGUGUGCGGAUCAAACGCAUCCGAUCAACGACGAUUGCAUAACAUCCCCACAAGAGCUAGGAAUGAUUUGUGAAAGAGACAUCCAAUGCAUCCAGUUGGCCCAUUGUACGCACAAUGUUAGUGAAACGCACUCGGACAUCAAGGUGUGUCAGUGUAGAGAGGAGUAUGCCGAUGACGAUGGGACUUGUAGUGGUGGUGUACGAGCAAUGGUAUCCAUAUGUUUAGCGGUAUUAGUUGCCGCCAUCUUGCAAAAUAACCACAAUUGAAUAGCUUAGAUUUUAUUGCAAAGAAUACCACAUAGUAAAUUAACAGUAUUGAAUAAAACAUUAAAUUUUUU